GCCCCCAAAACACCGACACGCAACCACAAACAAAAAAAUCAACACCAAACCAAACAAAACAAAAGAUUUCACUCAAGAGAAACCACAUCCAUCCCCAACCCCUGUUUUCGCGCCAAUGCACCGCCAUGGGACGCCGGAAAACGAUGACGAUGGACUGGGACGGCCUUGGCGAUGUUGACGACGAUGAUGCCUUCUUCGAGUCAUACAGCCGCCUCUCCACCGCCGCCCCCCUCGACCUGGCCUCCGACGACGACGAUGACGACGACGAUUUCGACGACCCCCGCCUUUCCUUCGCCUCAGCCAUCUCCUCCGCUCCCUCGCGUCGAAACAGCCUUUCCCCCACGAUGGAUGCUGCUCCAGAUUACGGCGUAUGGAUGGCGGCCCCCCUCUCAAUUGACGAGCGCCGAAAGCGUUUGCUCCGCGGCAUGGGUCUGGACUCCGAAAAAUCAACACUUCCGUCUAUUAGCGCUAAUCCCGUUACCGAUACACCUAUCGUGUCAACGACGCCGGUUACCGAUUCAACGACGCCGGUUACCGAUUCAACGACGCCGGUUUCUGAGACAACGACAGCGGUUGCCGUUUCGACAGAGAAGAUGUUUUCAGACAACUCCUCUCAUCAAUUAGUUCUUGUUCGUUCGCGAUCUGAGGGAGACAUCGAGUUGUUUUCGUUGGAGAGGUCGAGAAGAGAACAUUUCAUCGGAAAGUGUUCGAAGCAGAGGUUGACGAGAACCGCGACGGAGGUGUUCGUCCACCGCGCUCCGCCGGGAACCAGAAACAGGGCGGUGUUGAGGGAUUCCGAUGAAGCAGCGCAGUCCAAGCCGAAAAGCGCGAAGAAUGAGGAUUUGGGAGUGCGAGCAUUUUUCCUUAUAAAGAACUUGGACACGGGGAAGGAGUUUAUUGUGAACGAAUUUACCGAAAACGGUGCGUGGAACAGGCUGAGUGAUUUACAGACGGGGAGGCAGUUAACGAUGGAUGAGUUUGAAAAGACGGUGGGGAAAUCGCGCGUGGUUAGCGAGCUUAUGCGACGCAGUACGAGGAGCGAGAAUUUGUCGCGGAAGCUGACUUCGAGUUCGUACAUUUCGAGAAGUUUGAGGAUGAGCAAGAGAAGAGGGGUUGCAUUUCUGAAGAACAUAAAGGGCGUGGCCAGUGGGUUCAUUGGGGAGAGAGAGGGUUUUGGUAACGCAGCCGCCGCAACGGCGGCGGCGGAGAAGAGUCAGUGGGUGCGAGUGCGGCAGAGCGGGAAGUCGCACAAGGAGGUGUCGGCGUUGCAUCUGUGUCAGGAGCUUCAGGGACACGAGGGGUCGAUUUGGACGAUUAGGUUUAGUUUGGAUGGGAGGUUUCUGGCGAGUGCAGGUGAGGACAAGGUGAUACACGUGUGGGAAGUGCAGGAGUGUGAGGUUAUGUCGUUGAGGUUCGACGAGGGGAGUUUCACACCUAUUCACCCUUCCUUGCUUGCCUCCAACGACGGUUCGCCUUUCUCUCCGGCGGCGGCGGCGGCUGACAAGAAGAAGAAGGGCAAAUUUGGAACGAAAAAGGGCCCUGCCAUUCCUGACUAUGUUCAUGUUCCUGAAACUGUGUUCUCACUCUCCGACAAACCCUUCUGCAGUUUCCAAGGACAUUUGGAUGAUGUUUUAGAUUUGUCAUGGUCGAGAUCUAAGCUACUUCUGUCAUCUUCAAUGGAUAAAACAGUGAGAUUAUGGAACUUGGAGACUAGGAGUUGCUUGUACAGGUUUCCCCACAGUGACUAUGUAACCUGCAUACAAUUCAAUCCUCUGAAAGAUGAUGUUUUCAUCAGUGGUUCGCUGGACGCUAGGGUCAGAAUAUGGAGCAUUCCUGAACGCCAUGUUGUCGAUUGGAUUGAUCUCAAUGAAAUGGUUACUGCACUCUCCUUUACACCUGACGGUCAGGGUGCUAUUGUUGGUACCCACAAGGGCGGUUGUCGUACAUAUAGCACAAAAGAUUGCAAACUAACUCAAACAGGAACAAUUGAGAUUUCACAAAAGAAAUCCCAACUAAGAAAAGUCACUGGUUUUCAGUUUGUUCCAGGCAAACCAUCAGAAAUUCUUGUAACUUCAGCAGAUUCCAGAAUAAGAAUAUUGGAAGGUUCAGAAGUAGUUCAAAAGUACAAAGGUUUUCGUAAUGCAAACAGUCAAAUUGCAGCUUCAUUUAGUCCAGAUGGAAGAUAUAUUAUAAGUGCAAGUGAAGAUUCUGAAGUAUAUGUGUGGAAGCAUGAAGAUCAUAGAAGUGCAGGCAGUGGAAAAUUCAAAAGUAUGCUAGUUACUCGUGCUCACGAGCACUUCACCUGCAAAGAUGUUUCAGUAGCAAUACCAUGGAAUUGUACCGUCAAAGGUGAACCUCCGCUACUGCCAGUGCCUGUCAAAAAGCAUUCAAAACGUUCUUUGGUAGGUUCUAAUGGUGGGGAAGAAACACCAUCGCCAUCUUCUGCGAAUGGUAGUAAGAAAACUCUUCCACCACUUCCCAGGAAAAGUAAUAGCCUUAACUCAGAAGGAGCUUCAAAUUCCCCUAGGGAAGAACUUGGCACAGAUUCAGGAUUUAGUGCUUCUUUUAGAACUGCAUCAUCAUCAUCAUCCUCAUCUAGGUAUAGUGAUGCACUUUCUUCAAGUGGAUCAUUUUCUUCAUCUUUUUCAUUAUUGGACAGUGGCCACAUUUCCUCCACAGUUGUUCCUACGGCGUGGGGUUUGGUAAUUGUGACAGCUGGGUUAGGAGGUGAGAUCAGAUGCUAUCAAAAUUUUGGGUUACCAAGAAGGAUUAGACAAUCUCAUCUUUUUGGAAGCUACAAUAGUUUUACUAACACUUAGAUGAUUUUGUUUUUCUUUCUUCAACACAACUCAUAUUUUACA